GAAUCUUCCAUCUGUAGCCGCCAUAUGUGUAAACUGUAGCGCUCUCUUUCACCCCAAUGAAAGCUCCCUUUUGGGCGAUUGUGCUUCUCACUCUGUGGUGAGUUUUUUCGUGUGAGACUGGAAGUCACUUCGUCAAAAUCAUUCGUGGCUUAAAGUGCGGUUGCAGAUAAAAUUUUAUUUUAAUAUUUAAAAGUAAUUACUCAUAAGUAGGACUUUGCAAUAUCCCCUUGUGCUAGCGCAGUGAACAUGCAAUUCAGCGCGGUUGUUAUCUUGCUCGUGGCCACAUUCGCAGCCACGAGGAGCGAAGUGUUUUUCGAGGAGAAAUUCACGGAUGACUCGUGGAAGGAUUCGUGGAUAUACAGCAAACAUCCGGGAAAGGAAUUUGGAAAGUUCGUGCGGACUGCGGGGAAAUUCUUCAACGAUGAGGAGGCCGACAAAGGCCUUCAGACGUCCGAGGAUGCCCGUUUUUAUGCGCUUUCGACAAAAUUCACGCCAUUCAGCAACAAAGACAAACCCCUCGUCGUUCAAUUUUCCGUCAAGCAUGAGCAGAACAUUGAUUGCGGCGGUGGCUACCUCAAAGUCUUCGAUUGCUCCCUGGAGGAGAAGGAUAUGCACGGUGAGAGUCCCUACUUGAUUAUGUUUGGUCCCGACAUCUGUGGUCCUGGCACGAAGAAGGUCCAUGUGAUCUUCAGCUACAAUGGCAAGAAUCAUCUCAUCAACAAGGAGAUUAGGUGCAAAGAUGACGUUUACACGCAUUUCUACACGCUCAUCGUUCAGCCAGAUAACACGUAUCAAGUGCUCAUUGAUAAUGAGAAAGUUGAAUCGGGUGUUCUCGAGGAGGACUGGGACUUCCUGCCACCAAAGAAAAUUAAGGAUCCCGAAGCGAAGAAACCAGAAGAUUGGGAUGAGAGGGCCACAAUUCCCGAUCCAGAUGAUAAGAAACCAGAAGACUGGGACAAACCAGAGCACAUUCCCGAUCCCGAUGCCACAAAGCCCGAUGAUUGGGACGAAGAGAUGGACGGUGAGUGGGAGCCACCAAUGAUUGACAAUCCCGAAUAUAAGGGCGAAUGGGCACCAAAGCAAAUUGAUAAUCCAAACUACAAGGGUGUGUGGAAGCAUCCCGAAAUCGACAACCCCGAAUACACCCCAGAUGAGAAUCUCUACUUGCGCGAAGAAGUGUGCGCCGUGGGUUUGGACCUGUGGCAAGUGAAGUCAGGCACAAUCUUCGACAAUUUCCUCAUCACAGAUGAUCUCACGUAUGCCGCCGAAGCAGCUGAGACUGUCAAGAAGACCCAAGCUGGGGAGAAGAAGCAAAAGGAGGAGCAGGAUGAGGAGGAACGAAAGAAGGUUGAGGCCGAAGCUAAGGCCCCCAAGCCAGAAGAAGAUGAUGAGGAUGAGGACGAUGAGGAUGAACCAUCAAUUCCUGGAGAAGCGGAGGAAGAUGAUGGGCACGAUGAAUUGUAGACAGACAAUGAAUUUUUUUCUCACAUAAAAAAGGGUGAUUCCAAGAUUUCUCUUUGAACAAAAAAGAAAUUGAAUACUGAUAAAUUUAUUUCUCUAUCUUUUCAAUCAGUCUUCAUUUUGCAUCAAAAAAGCUCAGAUUGAAGUUAAUUAAUAAUUUUUUUUUUUCGUGUGUGUGCAAAUUUACACACAAAAUUGGCAUUGCAAUUGGAUUUCUUUGUAAAAGAUCAUCAGGAAGCUAGAAAAUCAUUUUUUUUAUACACUAUUUUGUAGAAUGUAUAUAAUAAUAUGAAGAAAAAAACAGAAGCUGCUGUGGCUACAUAGAGAAUUUUGUUCUAAUUGUGCAACAAAAUUGAGUAAUAUUGUGAAAGUUUUGUUCGAGAAUGUCAGAAAAAAUUUUUAGUUCGCAUGGCUCAAAUAUGUGGAAAGUAUUUUUCUUGGUUUUCCAAUGCAUUAGCAGACCCAGUGUGGAUAAAUCUCACAAAAAUUUAAAAAACACAUUUAUUGCCAUUUAAAUGGAAUGGUCCUCUAAAAUCCUCAACAGUUUGUCUACAAUAAGCAUUUAAAUAUUACCUCUUUCUGGAAAAAAAAAUUAAUUUGAAGAUUCAAAAAAAGUGAAAAUCUAAAUGGAUUUAAAACUCAUAAAUUCCACACAGGCCAAUUAUAAUUUAUUGAAGCAUAUUAUAAAAAAAAAAUUUCAAAAUGACCGUCAAAAAAUAUUCCCUGUGUUUUUAUACGACAGUAAAAAAAAAUACUAUUACAAGUAAUAUAAAAUACAUUUAGAUUUAAAGUGUAUGACUGAUAUAAGAUUAGAAGUAAUUUGUAUUUUCUGAAAGAGCAAAACACACACAAAAAAAUGAAAGCGUGAUGAGUCAAAAUAAAAUAAUAAAUUAAUUUAA